AUGAGCCCCGUGGCAUUAAUGCUAGGCUUGAAGACCUUGUGGGUUUUGGCUUUUUCCUCGCUUUCCAACACGCUGGCGGUGAAUAACAGCGGCCGAUGGUGGGGAAUCAUCAACGUGGCCUCCUCCACCAACCUUCUGAUGGACUCCAAGAACGUACAGCUGGUGCUGGACCCUUCCCUGCAGCUGCUGAGCCGCAAGCAGCGCAAGCUGAUCCGCCAGAACCCCGGCAUCCUCCACAGCAUCAGCAGCGGCCUGCAGAGCGCCAUCAAGGAAUGCAAGUGGCAGUUCCGCAACCGGCGGUGGAAUUGCCCCACCAUGCCGGGGCCCAACAUUUUCGGCAAGAUUGUCAAUAGAGGUUGCCGAGAGACUGCUUUUAUCUUUGCUAUCACUAGUGCUGGCGUCACACAUUCGGUGGCCCGCUCAUGCUCAGAAGGCUCCAUUGAAUCCUGCACCUGUGACUACCGACGUCGAGGGCCCGGAGGUCCAGAUUGGCACUGGGGUGGCUGUAGUGACAACGUGGACUUUGGCAGGGUCUUUGGACGAGAGUUUGUCGAUUCCAAUGAGAAGGGGCGGGACCUGCGUUUCCUGAUGAAUUUGCAUAACAACGAGGCAGGACGUCUGACAGUUUUCACGGAGAUGCGCCAGGAAUGCAAGUGCCACGGGAUGUCUGGCUCCUGCACUGUCAAGACCUGCUGGAUGCGGCUGCCCACUUUCCGGACCGUAGGGGACUUCCUCAAAGACCGCUUUGAUGGGGCUUCACGGGUCAUCUAUGGCAACAAAGGCAGCAACCGGGCUUCUCGGGUGGAGCUGCACCACUUGGAGCCCGAGAACCCAGCCCACAAACCACCUUCCCCACAUGACCUGGUCUACUUUGAGAAGUCACCCAACUUCUGCACCUACAGUGGCAAGAUGGGAACGGUGGGCACGGCCGGCCGCUCCUGCAACAGCUCCUCGCCCGCCCUGGACGGCUGCGAGCUGCUGUGCUGUGGGAGAGGGUACCGGACCCGGACGCAGCGGGUCACGGAGCGCUGCAACUGCACGUUCCACUGGUGCUGCCAUGUCAGCUGCUUGAACUGCACCAACAUGCAAGUGUUGCACGAGUGCUUGUGAGCGGGAAAGGAGAGUGAAGGACAUUCCCCUACAGAGGGGGGGAAAAAGACAUUCCUGUUCCAAUGUAAGGAUCCAAAAAUGCCCACCCCCAACAAAACCCCCGCCCACGUUUACACCCCUUCCCCAUCUUUUGUUCGAAGAGCUUAGCACCCUCUGUUGGCCCAGAAAGGAGGCAGGCUAAGUAUCUGCAGAUUCUUGCCUUCACAAUAAGUUUCUCCUUCCACAGCUUGAGUGGAGACUCAACACCAUUGAGUGGGUUGCAGGUUGAAGCCCAGGAGGAUGAUUUUUAUAUAUACAUGUACUUGCCAAAGCCAAGCCCUCUAGAGUUCAGGUUAUUUCUCUGCUUUACAACUGAGAAUUCUUAAGCCAGGCUUAAUUUGAAACAGAUCUCUUCAUCAGGGCAGAGCCCCAGAAAUCUUCAACAUAAGCUCAUUACAGUAUAUCCAAGAUUUUAGGCUCUCUUACCAUUAGUUGAAAAUUUGGCUGUUGCCAUCGAUGUUGUUCAAGUACUACAAGGUGGCUGGAAUAGAAAAACGCCUUUGAAUUUACGCCAGAUGGCUUUCCUGUCAUCCCUCCUCCAG